AUGGCUGCUUAUUACACUAAUGGUGGUUGCGUUGACAUGUUUGUUGAGGAGGUGGCUAUGGAGAUUACUACUCUUGAUCAGGACAUAUGGGCAAGUGAUGAUGAGGGAGGAGAUGAAGCAGCUGAUGAUGAUAUGACUGGUUAUGAUCUGGACAGCCCAAGGAUGCAGACUUCAUCUGAUGAAGAAUACAAGCAACCAUCAGAGGAGGACAGCUCUGCAGAUGAUGAAGAGGCAACUGAAUUCAGAAAUUAUGCAAGGCAGAUUAAGAGAAACAUCAGAGCAAACAAACUUGGUAUUCAUGAAAACAGUGAUGGAGAAGCUCAAAGGUGGAAGACAGUGGAGAAUAGGUUUGAUAGUAAGGCUGAGGUACCUGUUUUCUCACUUGGGAUGGCAUUUAGAUGCAGCAUGCAGUUCAAGAAGGCUCUAGUGAAGUAUGGCUUGAAGGAACAUAAGUCACUAAAAUUUGUCAAAGAUGAGAAGACUAUGAUUAGGGCAAUUUGUGACUGGACUGGAUGUAAUUGGUUGAUAUAUGGGUCAAAGACUAGCAGUUCUGAAUGGUUUAAGAUCAAGGACAACCCCACUUGGAGUGUUGGGCUCAUGAAGGCUGCAGUGUUGAAGGACUUGUUUGCAUAUGUAUCCAUUUCAAAGUGCAAGAGAGCUAAGUCUUUAGUAUUGCAGAAAGCACUGGAUGCUAUGAAGGGGGAGUACAGUAGAGUGUAUGAUUACCAACUAGAGCUGCAGAGGUCAAAUCCUGGGACCACAAUAGCUAUAUGUCUUGACCAAGAGAUUGAGGACAAAAAGGUAUUUGAGAAGAUGUAUGUAUGCUUUGAUGCUUUGAAGAAAGGUCUACUGGCAGGAUGCAGGAAGGUGAUAGGAUUGGAUGGAUGCUGGUUCAAAGGUGCAAAUAAUGGUAAUUUACUCUAUGCUAUUGGAAGAGAUACUAACAAUCAAAUGUACCCAGUUGCUUGGGCAGCAGUUCCAAUAGAGAACUAUGACCAUUGGUACUGGUUCAUUUCCCACCUGCAAAAAGACAUUAACAUGAGUAAUGGAGGUCAGGAUUGGGUGCUUAUUUCAGACCAGCAAAAGGGAUUAUUGAAGGCAGUGAAAGAGUUAGUACCCAAUGCAGAGCACAGGAUGUGUGCAAGGCAUAUUUAUGCCAACUGGAGGAAGAAGUACACAGACAAGAAGCUGCAGAAGAAGUGGUGGAGGUGUGCAAAGGCAUCAAGUAGGACACUAUUCAACUUGUACAGAGCUUACCUUGCUCAAGAGACUCCAGAAGGUGCCCAAGACAUGAUGAAAACCUCACCAGAACACUGGAGUAGGGCUUUUUUCAGGUUAGGCAACAAUUGUGACUCAGUUGACAACAACAUGUGCGAGAGUUUCAACCACAGUAUUAUGGAAGUAAGGUUCUAUCCAGUGAUCUCUAUGUGUGAAGCCAUAAGGAAAAAGCUGAUGGUUAGAAUUCAAGAAAACAGGGUCAGGGCUGAGAAGUGGAGUUGUCAAAUUUGUCCUAAUAUUUUCAAAAAGCUGAAGAUGAACAUUGAAAUGUCUGGGAAGUGUAUUGUACUGUGGAAUGGAGAUGGGUUUGAAGUGCAAGAAGGAGAAGACAGGAAGUACAUAGUCAAUUUACAGAAAAGAGAGUGCACUUGUAGAUAUUAG